AUGCGUACGUCUUUCCUUGCCCUUGUCCUGACUGCCGUUGCGUCGGCAGCGCCUGUCGCUCUAGAUAGCCGAACCACCUGCCACAGUGGUGUCUAUGUUAUCGGUGUUCGUGGCACCUCGGAGAGUGCAGGCUACGGAAGCGUGGGUUCUGUUGUAAGCAGCGUGCUUGCUGCUAUCCCUGGAUCUGCAGGCGUCGCACUCGACUACCCAGCGUCGUGGCUGGAUCCCCUCUACCCCGACUCUGUGACAGACGGCAUCAACACCUUGAUCAGUUUGGUUAAGAACUACGCCGACAACUGUAGUGGCAAUAUUGUACUGGUGGGCUUCAGUCAGGGAGCGAAUGUUAUCACCGAUGCCCUUGCGGGAGGCGUCGCUAAGCCUACACCUUUGGCCGCAAGCUAUAUCGACCAAAUCUCCGCGAUUACCGUCUUUGGAGACCCUAGUUUCACGCAUGGUCAGUCAUUUGAUGUUGGCACCGAUACCAGCAGCAACGGAAUUUUCUCCCGAGGUGGCGAUAGCCUUGCCCUACUCAACACGUACGCUGGUAAGAUUAGGAGCUAUUGUGAUGCUGGCGACGUAUACUGCGCCUCUGGAGACGUUUCGAGCGUUCACGGCCAAGAGGUUCCCACUUGGGGAAGCGAUGCUGUGCGAUUUAUUGUUAGCAUGAGCACGUAA